ACUCACCAAGACUCCAAGCACUCACCUCCUCAGCUCAUUGCCAGCCUUUGGUUCCUUCCAGCUAGCAACCGGACGGCCAGCAAGCCAGCAGACUAGUAGCUCUUCUCAGUUCUCACACCUACUGUGUCUGUGUGUGCUCGCCUUUAGCGGCAAGCGACCCACCCCCCUUCGGUAGCGAGCGACAAUGCAGUACGCGGCGGCGGAGCAGGCGUGGUACAUGCCGGCGACCACGACGAUGAUGGCGGAGAGCGCGGUGGCGCGCGUGGAGCGGCUGGCGUCGGAGAGCGCGGUGGUGGUGUUCAGCGUGAGCAGCUGCUGCAUGUGCCACGCCGUGAAGCGGCUCUUCUGCGGCAUGGGCGUGCACCCGACGGUGCACGAGCUGGACCUGGACCCGCGCGGACGAGAGCUGGAGCACGCCCUCGCCCGCCUCAUCGGCUACGGCCCCGCCGGCGCGCCCGUCGUCCCCGUCGUCUUCAUCGGCGGGAAGCUGGUCGGCGCCAUGGACCGGGUCAUGGCCGCGCAUAUCAACGGCUCCCUCGUCCCACUUCUCAAGGAGGCCGGCGCGCUCUGGCUCUGAACUGUAGGCAGGCCGCGCGCCAUUGCUGGUGACUCGUGUGCCAACAGGCUACGCAGCUUCUUCCGUUGUCUAAGUUAGUUCCUUGUUGCUGUAGAACCUGAUGUCACUUGCUGCAAGCUAAUCAAACUACGUACUAAGCUACGGUGAUAGGAGGAUACAUCCAUGGACAGGGCCGGAUGGUGGUAGAUCAGUGAUGCAUCGGAUUGGGCUUAAUGUGUGUGAGUAGUGUGUGCAAGAGAGAAGAGAGGCUGGUACCGUGUGUGUGCUUUUUUCUCACUACCUACUGCCUCCGUCGGUGUUUGUGUGUGCGUGCAUGUGGUGUUUGACGCAUGCGCUGGAUUUGCUUUGCUUGGGGUGCUACACUGUUACCACCACUGUUGUUUAAUUUGAUAUCCUUUAAUUUUAAUA